AUGGCUUUCUGGGAGCAAUGCAAGCGGUUGCUAAUUUUCAUACUUAAACUUCUUAUUUCGGAAAAGUCGAAAAACGCACUUCGCGUCGCACUGGUGUGUGCAGCGGUGUCUAUUACGAUCUUCUUCGCAGUACUCAGGUCACGCCUGGAGUGUUAUACGAACAACCUAGCUUAUGUAGCGCUUGUGAUUAUCGCACAGCACCCGCAUAUAGGAUCCGUUUUGCGCGCCGGUGCAAUCCUUAGCCUUGCGAGUCUCAUUGCGACGGUGUUCGGUCUUGUUGGUCUGGCGAUGGCAGACAAAAGUGCAGCGGCGCUCUACUUUAUAACCCUGGUGUUUGCGGGAAUUGCAACCAUUCUUCGAACGGACACCAAUCCGAUCUCUCCUGGUAUGGGCAUCUCGAUUAACUUUCUGUUCGGGGCAAUUUUCAUUUUCUACGUGAAGACGCCUCCAUCCGAGGCCUGGGAUCGAACGUACCCCACAUUACUAUCAGGUCUCUUUGCUUCUGCUGCAUCACUGAUUGGCGCGAUCCUCAUUUUUCCAAAGUCUGCUCGCCGGAGUCUUCGGACGGGACUGGCGGCUAGUCUACGAGAAACCGGGGACGUCUUGCGGGAUCUACGAGAAACGCUUCAAAAGCCGCCGAAGGAUCGCCAGUUCUCUAUCUCGAUCGAGUCGGAAAUGGGUGGACAGAGCUUUGCUCCGGCGGCGCUUGCCAAAGUGCAAAAUCUGCGAGCAGCUCUAGCGCAGCAUCGAGUGAUGCUUUCGUAUAUGCCUUUCGAGCCGAACCUGCUGCCUCCGUGGCAGUGUGAGCCUGAUAAAGCCUGGAGCCGCCUGAUAGACGCCGUAGAGGACUUUGUAUUUCAGGUGGAUGCGAUUGUCUGUGUGUUCGCCAAUGAACAGGCGUUUAUAUCGGAAGCUCUCAACGAGCUCUUUAGCGAUUCGAUUCAAGUCAUGGUCGAUUUCCUCGAAGCAGCGACAGAGAGCGCUCACAAGCUUGCAGAUUCUAUACAGGCCUAUCCGCGAGCCCUGGAUACCGAUGUUGUGCUGACACGUCCAAUGCGCCGACAGCUGAACCGGGUCAUUGCUAGAGCGCGCCAUCAGCGCUGGCAGGCGCUUCGUUACGAAGACCGGGAUCGAGAUGUGAAUCCCGCCUCGGCUUAUGAAUUUGCCUCCUUGAUUUUUGUUGCAUACAACAUCCGUGCACUGCAGCGUCUUGUUGAGAAUCUGAAGCAACGCGUAUCGGAACUUUUAACGGAACGUCGGCGACUGCGCUUCGCACCGAUUGCCAACCUAUUUCGAUGGGUGCCGAUGAUCCUAAUGGCGCCUGUACAGUCGUGGAUGAAAACGCAUAUCCUUUUGCGGAACCCGACAAAUGCGAAAUUUCUCAUCAAAUAUCUUCUAUGUGUAGCUAUCAUAACAUUCCCGACGCUUUUUGUAUCCCAGUUCUCGCACCGGGUGUACGCUUUCUUGCAGCACGAUAACGCCAUUUCUGCGUACAUUAUUGUGACGAUCUUGUUUAUGCGCGGCGUGGAGAUGACGAUAUUCCGCGUGUUUCUCUACUUUACCGUGACCUUCGCUUCCUGCGCUUUGGCGUACGCUUUGACGGUUAUGGCACCAACUGAUCAGUACGUCAUUGACAUGUGGAUUGGUGUCUGGACCUGGGGUGCGCUGCUCGUGGCGUCCAUUGACCCGGCGUAUAUUGUGACGACAUUCCCUUUCCUGCUGGCCCAGUACUUUAUAAUCGGAUGCCAGUAUGGACUCGGUUUUACAUUUGUGUACGCGGCUUCUCGUGCUGUUUCGGUCUCUUGUGGCUGCUUCGUCGUUGCGGCAGUGAGCAUUCUACUUUGGCCCUAUCGAAGCGAAGAAGAAGUGCGCGCACUUCUGAGCCAGAUUUUGACGUCCAUUACCGAGCUAUUCAUCAAGACCAAUGAAAUAUUUUUCAGAAUGAACAAGGAGGGCGGCAGUGCAAUCUGGGAGGAGACCGGUGGUGCCGAAAUUGAGUCGAAAAUCCGUCAGACUGAGACGCUUAUCACAGUCGUGAAUCUGCGUAUGAUGCUCGAUAUCACACCGAACUACCGCAAGUCGUCGCUGCCGCAGGGCCUAGGCUGGGUGGCGCUGCUCAUGCGACGUUUCUAUUUGCUUCGCCAGGUUGUUCGCGCUUCUCCGCAGAUUCGCGGCUGUUACAGCACAACCGCCUACGAGAUGUUCCUGAAGCACCUGGAGCCAGAACUGGAAGUAAUGCUCAAUGAGUGGAAGCAGACCGCUGAGUUUGCAGCGGAGCGGCUCCGAUGCCGGCGAAUUAACCGUCCGCCGCCCGACAAGCUUCUAGAGGCACUGCACCGUCUGCGGAGCGCCCGCGCUGGUGUCAUCACAAAGUACGCUGCGGUCCGUUGCGAUAUGCUUCGACGCUGGCGUGAAAGCUUGAUCGCGUUCCAUCUGCAUUCUGUAGAUACCCGUCGAAGCGACGAAUCUUCAACGGAACCGAAACACGACGGAUCACUGACAGCAAUAUCCAGUGACUCGAGUUCGAGUCCGACGAACGAGCAAUGCACUGAAAGAAAUCCAAUCGUGAUUUCUCCGUCCAAGGACGCUGACACCCCGAAUGUCAUGGAGCCGGGCAUGGACGUGGUUGCAGAACGCAUGGACACAGUGGAUCUGGGACCUCCGGACCUCCACCCAGAUGACUCGGUCCGCUUUCUCGCUUGGCUGUAUGCGACGCGGCUCAUGUAUACGGCAUUCGACUGCGUAAGCGAAGCCAUUGGUAAUCUGCGUUAUGGCCCGCGUCGACGAACUCGUUGGCAGCGCCUGUGGCUACGACUCGCUGGUAAGAGCGGCCGUGAUCAUCGUCCAAAAUCGUCGUCGACGUCGAAGGCAUCGAAAUCAUCGGACGAAAAAGCGCAUUCAGCUUCUGAUAAUGUGCAACCAACGGAAAACGAAUCCAAUGCGAGGCCGGACCCCGACGACGAAGAAGCCUCAGCUGUGGAGGUACGAACCAGCAACCAGGUAGCGAAUACUGCGCCUUCCAUCUCUGGUAGUCGUAAGGACGCCGGUCACUAUGCUUGCUGA